AUGCAUAAUUACGAGCUUUUAGAUGAUGAGUUUUGUACGCCAUCGCGAUGUCGAAUAUCAUCACAUGCCGACACAGAAAGCCAGGUUCCUACCGUCAAGAGUCACUAUGUUGUCGAACGCCCAGAAGAUGGAAGCUUUCGCGUUAAAGGACGUGGGAGCGGACUUCUGGCUUGGCACCUGCUGAAUCGCGUCGACCGUAUCGUUAUGUCCGGCCAAGAGUACGCAGCUGGAGUAUAUGCGUACGUCCGUUUGGCCAAUCCGGCUAGGCGUGAGCCAGCCUUAUUACUUGAGGUCAGGACAUCGGAAACUGCGCGUCAGUUCGCCUUGCUCGCCUGGCUCUAUGUGCGGUUUGACGCAGAGAGCUUGUUGGGCACGAGCGACUCUGAAUGGAAAAGCUUGGAAGCGAUCAUGCCCAGCACACACCUGCAGAUCGUUGAUUGUGACACUUUGGACGGUGUUCUGGAAAAGACCUCCCUGCCGCAAUGGACUCAUGUCUUGGAUGUCAGAGUAGACAGUGCUGCACUGUCGCCUUGCUCUGAACUAAAGGUCAGUUGGCUAUGCGCAAUGUUCCAGGUAGGACCCGCCGCUCGACUCCAAUGGAUGGAAGCGGAGCAUCGUCGUCGAUGGGGGAAACGUCAUGUGAAGGAAGUACUGUCCAUCCUUGAAAUCCCCCAGGCGAGAGCAGAAACACACAAGAUGGUGUCGGCGAUUGACAUUGUCGCCCGUGAAAUUGUGAGCCUGCAGCCCGUACGCUCGGUUUACUGUCUUACGGAUGAUAGGCAAACAUCGGAUCGUGGCCAAACUUCACGAUCGGUACAAGGCAUGCAAGCACAGCGGUCACCCUCAGCGAGAGGGCGCGCCGAGCUGCCCGACGUAGUGCUCCGCUGA